AUGUCAUUCAAGGUACAAGUUCCAUCGUUCGAUGUUCCUUUCGGAGUCCAGUUAUGGCCGUUGUUCGACCAGGCUGUUGCUACUGCCUCCCAAGGUAAGUUUGUUCCUUCCCAGUUCCAAUUUAUCGCUGGUGAAUUACCUUUCUCCACCCUCCCUCCCGUUAUUGCUGCCAUCAGUACUUACUAUACUGUCAUUUUCGGAGGUGACUUUAUCUUCAAGAAGUUCGGUAUCAAACCAUUUGUCUUGAACGGCUUGUUUCAAAUCCACAACUUGUUCUUAACAUCCCUCUCGUUCACCUUAUUGGUCUUAAUGGCUGAACAAUUAAUUCCAAUCAUUUACCACCACGGUUUGUUCUAUGCCAUCUGUAACAAAGGUGCCUGGACCCAAGAAUUGGUUUGCUUGUACUACUUGAACUACUUGACUAAAUUUACUGAGUUCAUUGACACUGUUUUCUUGGUUGUUAAGCAGAAGAAGUUGACCUUUUUGCACACCUACCACCAUGGUGCUACUGCUUUAUUGUGUUACACUCAAUUGAUCGGUUUGACUCCAAUCUCUUGGGUUCCUAUCACUCUUAACUUGGGUGUCCACGUUGUUAUGUACUGGUACUACUUCUUAGCUGCCAGAGGUAUCAGAGUUUGGUGGAAGGAAUGGGUUACCAGAUUCCAAAUCAUCCAGUUUAUCUUGGACUUGGGUUUCGUUUACUUUGCCACUUACCAAAAGAUUGUUUUCACCUACUUUUCUGACUUGACUUCUGUCUUGCCAGUUUGUGGUGACUGUGCUGGUACUAUGUUGGCUGCAUACUCUGGAUGCGCCAUCUUGUCUUCAUACUUGGUCUUAUUCAUCGCUUUUUACAUCGACGUUUACAGAAGAAAGUCGUCCAAGAAAUCCAAGCUUGUCAAAUCUGUCAAGGGAGGUGUUGCUGCCAGAGUCAACGAGUACGUCUACGUUUCUGGUAGAUCCGAUACCCCAACUCCUCCAACCGAGGUCCAGGUCCGUUCUAGAAAGGCCUAA